CACGUGAUAGUUGACAACCAGCAUAACAGGAACAAAAUGGCUGCUACAGGGGAUGAAGCGGCAGUGAUGGACAGCAUCUCCAGGGAACCAGCAGCCGUGUCAGCGGGGUUAAGUAGAACUGCUGGCGGCGUAGCUCAGGCUGAACGCUCGGAAGAUCCACCGGAAGCUCCGUCUGUAGCUCCAAAGAAACCCGGAACUAACGCUGAUGGAGGAGUGGAGACUGCAGAGGAGGCUGUGGAGCCAGCAGAGCCAGACAUCAAUGAGCUUUGCUCUGAUAUGUUUGAGAAGAUGGCCAUUUUCCUGCAGGGGGAGCUCACAGCAACCUGUGAGGAUUACCUGCUAUUGGAGAACAUGAACAAACUCACAAGUCUGAAAUACAUGGAAAUGAAGGACAUUACUAUCAAUAUAAGUCGGAACCUGCAGGAUCUAAACGACAAGUAUGCGAGCCUACAGCCGUACCUGGACCAGAUAAAUAAGAUUGAGGAGCAAGUUUCAGCUCUUGAACAAGCUGCGUACAAACUGGACGCCUACUCCAAGAAACUGGAAGCCAGAUUUAAGAAACUGGAGAAGCGAUGAGGAAGAGAAGAGCAGGAAGAUUUUUGGUUUUGGUGCCUCCCUGCCCUGCCCUCCGCUCUCUUCACCAGUUAGACUCUCCAGCUGCACCGGAGGAUGAACGGAUCCUCAAGCAACACUUGGAAAGACUUUGGAACCUCAAUAGUUUGACGGAGGAAGAAUCUUUAUGCACAUGAACUAAAACCAGUGUUUGCUUUAGAUGUGGCUGCAGCAUCAUCCGUCUGUUCAGACGCUACCUUUCCUGAAUGAAAUCAGUGAAACAUCCUCAACAAAUAAUGAAAUCAAAUAUAAACAUGUUUCGUUUAUUUGAUGUUACCUUUUUUAAUAAAGUUGGACGUUCUUACGUUGA